AUGCUCUAGGAGGACCAAUACUGCUCCCCAGUCCGAUAACACGCCAUAAAAAGCCUCUCAAAACCCUAGCUUUCAUUUUUUGAGUUCCUCGCAUCAGUAGCGGCGUCGCCCAAGAGAGACACCACACCAUCGUCUGCCGAAGCAAGCUCUAAUGGGUAUCGAUCUAGUCGCAGGAGGUAAGAGCAAGAAAUCCAAGCGUACCGCUCCGAAAUCCGAUGAUAUAUACCUUAAACUCCUCGUCAAGCUUUACCGGUUCCUUGUUCGGAGAACCGGCAGCAAGUUCAAUGCAGUGAUUCUCAAGCGGUUGUUCAUGAGCAAAGUCAACAAGCCACCACUUUCUCUGUCUAGGUUGAUCCGUUUCAUGAAGGGAAAGGAGGGUAAGAUUGCUGUGGUCGUGGGGACUGUGACAGAUGAUAUUCGGGUUUAUGAAGUUCCUUGCUUGAAGGUUACAGCACUGAGAUUUACUGAGACGGCUAGGGCAAGAAUUGAGAAGGCUGGUGGUGAGUGCUUGACGUUUGACCAAUUGGCUCUGAGGGCUCCACUGGGCCAGAACACGGUUCUUCUCAGAGGUCCAAAGAAUGCACGUGAAGCAGUGAAACACUUUGGUCCCGCUCCUGGUGUGCCACACAGCCACUCCAAGCCCUAUGUCCGAUCAAAGGGGAGGAAGUUUGAGAGGGCCAGAGGAAGGAGGAACAGCAAGGGAUUUAGAGUUUGAGUUAAUUUUUUUAUGGGUAAGGUUUGAGUUAAUUUUAGUAGUUGGUGGGGAAGAAAUGUUAUUUCUUACCAUGGUAAUUUAAAUUUUUGCUAGACUAUUAGGUACCUGUGUUGUGGAGGUUGUUUGGCAUCGUUAUUGUGACUAUGGACAUGAUUUUUCAAUGCUUGUUACUUGAAGACUUAUUCUUUUUUACACUGUCUGGUAUCAAAUGUAUCAAGAUAGGGCAUCUUGGAUAUUACGUUUUUUUUUAAUAGUAAGAAAGACAGUUUUAUCUUGGAUAUU